GGUCUCCGCCGCCGAUUUGGACUUCUUCGCAGUUGUUCUAGGGGGCGGGGCCUGAAGUUUGAGGGGCCUGGGGUCGCUGCGUCUCUGAAAAAGAGCUGGCGGAGGGAGGGCGGCUCUCGGUCUGCCUCGCGGUACUGGGGGGCGUUUGCCCCCCCCGCCUCCGACGGUUCCUGCCGCUGCUCUGCGAGAACCGGCCAAACAAGGCACGCGCGCCCCCGGAUCAGCCUAAUCCCCUCGGGUGGGUGAUUCUGCUCUGGAGGAAGCCCUACGAGGCUCGAUGGGACAGAGUUCCUGGUAAAAUUUGCAGAAGGUGAAAGAGAAAAAGGGCUGCCUCUGCAAGAAUCAAAUACUCAAAAGGCUUUGAAGGUUCUACGUCCAUAGUCCUUACUGGAAGAGUAAAUGGAUUAGCAUGAUAUUUUCCAUGAACUAAAACAGUUCCAUGUCUUGUUUGGACUGUUCCUGUAUUCUACGGACACGAGUUGAAUCAAUUAGAGUAGAAAAGCAAUCGGAAAGCAUCAGUAAUCAAGGCUUGACAGAUGAAUUUGCUGUAUGUUGGGGCCAAUCAACCCAAAGAGGAGAUGAACAGAUACCAUUGUCCUCUGAUGUAUCACACUAUGAUCUCCAGGUGGAGAUAGGUGAUUGUUUUGUGAUGGAAAGAUGUUCCUAUUUUGUCUUAAGAAAAGGAUACAACAACUUAACUUCAAUCUACCUCGCCCGUCAUAUCCCGACAGGAACACUGGUGGCUGUAAGAAUCACAGAUCUGGAAAGAUGUUCUGAAGAACUCUUAAACGCUUUACAAAAUGAAGUGAUAUUAUCCCACUUUUUUCGACAUCCAAAUAUCUUGACUUUUUGGGCAGUGUUUACUGCUGGAAGAAUGCUUUGGGUUAUUUCUCCUUUCAUGGCUUACCAUUCAGCCAGUUGUCUCUUGAGGAGUUACUUCCCUGAAGGCAUGAGUGAAGCUUUGAUAGGAAAUAUCCUCUUUGGUGCAGUUAAUGGAUUGAACUAUAUGCAUCAACAUGGUUAUAUUCACAGAAGUAUUAAAGCUAGCCACAUAUUGAUUUCAGGGGAUGGCCUAGUUUAUUUGUCGGGCUUAAAUCACCUCUAUAGUUUAGUCAGCAGUGGACAACAGUUAAAAGCUGUGUAUGAUUUCCCCCAGUUCAGUACAUCUAUGCUUCCUUGGCUGAGUCCUGAACUACUAAGGCAGGAUAUGCAUGGAUAUAAUGUGAAAUCUGACAUCUACAGUGUGGGCAUUACAGCUUGUGAACUAGCUAAUGGGCAUGUACCUUUUCAGGAUAUGCCUCGCACACAGAUGCUGCUGCAAAAACUUAAAGGUCCGUCUUACUGUCCUUGGGCUAUAAACACUUUUUCAUGUGGAGAAUCUAGGAUAAAAAAUUCUCAGUCAGGAAUUGAUUCUGGAAUUGGGGAAAGCAUGACACGCACGAUGACAAGUGAGAGACUACAGACUCCACCUAAAACUUUCUCUCCUGCUUUCCAUAAUUUGAUAGAAUUGUGUUUGCACCAGGACCCAGAACAAAGGCCAUCAGCAAGAGGCCUUCUGUCACAUGCUUUUUUCAAGCAGGUGAAAGAAGAAACAGAGGGGUCAUUACUUUCACUCUUGCCUCCUGCCAUCCAACGUAAUCACUCACAAAUACCAAUGGUGCAUUCAGCUGCCAUCUGGAAUAAAUCUGAAUGUAGAUUGCCAAAUGAGAAAAAGACAUAUUGGGAAUUUUAGGAAUACUAAGACCAUACAGGUGGUCUUCAAUUUACAACCAUUCAUUCAAUGACCAAAGUUACAACAGAACUGAAAAAAGUGACUGAUACUGGUCCUCACACUUGUAACCGUUGCAGCAUCCUCAUGGUCAUGUGAUUGCCAUUUUCUAAUGAGCUUUUGACAAGCAAAGUCAGUGGGGGAAGCCAGAUAACCAUGGUUGUUCAUUUAACCACCAUAGCAAAAAAAGAUCAUUAAAUUGGGCCUUUUACUUAAUAACUGCCUUGCUUAGCAAUGGAAAUUCUGGUCCUAAUUGUGGUUGUAAGUCAAGGACUCCUAUACUUCUUUGGAAAAUAAUAUGAUUUACUUGCUGCUUUUGUUCAAUUAAAGUUUUUGUUUUGGUAUACUUGAAAAUGCUAAAGGCUUAUACAGAUGAUGCUAUACAGAGAAUUUUUUUCAAAGUGGUAUUAUGAGAAUUUACUUACCUUUACUAAUUAAAUUGCAGAAAUAUCUGUACAGUUCUUUACAUCUUUGUUACAUCUGAACUGUAAUAGUAUCCAUUUAUAUAGUAAAACUUUGCUUGGAAUGGCAUAUGCUUUUACAGUACUUAUGUUCUAUGUCUACCUUUCCAAUAUUAAUUUGAAAUAUUGUUUCCAUUCUUUAUUUAAUACAUUGUUAAUCAUCUCUAUCAUCAAGUUUAUAUCAAAUAUAUAACUUCUUUAAAAUAUAGUGUAUUUUCCUACUUGCAAUAAAUGUCAAUGUGGAAAUCUCUCAGAGCGCUGGAUAUCUACUACAUAACUUUCAGUGGUUGUUGAAGUAGCCAACACUGUAACUUGAAAAAAAAAAGCUGUUUUUAAUGGAACAUGUAUCUUUGAGAAAUCAAAGAAAAAAUAAUUUGUCAAAUAGAAGCUUGAAAUUACUUGACUAUAUACUUAAGAAUAUUGCUUAAUUUUCAUAGCUUUAAUUGUGAUCUGCUGUUCAGGAAAAAUAUUCAUCCUUUAAAUAAGUAGCCAAAAUUUGAACCAAAAUUUGUAGGAUUAAUAUAAAAGAGACCUGUAUUACUUGGGCAAAUGACUAUUAGCCUACUACGGCAAACUAUAUUGUGGAAGGCUUUGAGCUGUGUUCAGUGAUGUCAUUCUACUGAAAUACAAGCAUCUAUCAAUGGAUUGUGAUUCAUAGCCCAUUUCCUUUCCACUUCUUAGCUCCAGGGUCAGUGAAAGAACAGAGAUCUGGUUAAUGUUACUCUUAGGCUCAGGCAUUUGAGAAAAAAAAAUGUGACUUCCAAGUCAUUUUGUCUUCGUAGCUUUGCUUUUCUUGAGAAGAGAAAGUUCAGUCCUAAUUACAAACAGAAAAUAUAAAGGAACAGGAAAAAAGGCUGCUUUCUGUGAAUAGUACUGUGAAUAAUUGAAUAAAGUAAACCUAAAUUCUUGUUACCUGUACAGCAUACUUUUGGAGAUGGUUUAAUAUUUUAUUAAUGAUUUUUCAAUAAUGUACAUUCUAUUUACUCAUGUAAAAAUAGAAAUUAGUUUUAAGUAUACAAUAUUAUUUAGCAUCACAAGUGAUCUUUUAACUAGGAAACUACUGAAGGAAAAUUAUGUAUUAUCAACCUAAUUCUGACAAAUUUAAUUGUAAUAAAAUAUUGAACAAAGAU